GAGAGAGAGAGAGACUCAAGUGAUUCAUCCAAGGACCACGCGCCACAGAAGACGGACGAAGGCAUGUCUCAAGGAUUCAGGUGCACGCGGAUCUGCCCCGGGUCUCGUGCUCGCACAUCAUGGUCGCUGGGAUAAACGUGGAUGUAUCGACAGACAGCAGAUAGUAUGCCUAUGCCUGCGCACUUGGCACGGCUCACGCGAUGUGGCACAACAUGGCACGCGUAAAGAUGGGUCUCUUCGCUCUCCUGUGUCUCCCCACGCUCCUCUUCCGCGCCCUCGUGCUUUCCCACAGCAGCGCCAUAUACGAGAGGGCGGCGGUCCCUCGCGCAGUGUCCCGCUCCGUGGCCCGCAUGGACGGAGACGUGAUCAUCGGUGCCCUCUUCUCCGUGCACCACCAGCCGUCUGCGGAGAAGGUGGCAGAGCGGAAGUGCGGGGACGUCCGCGAACAGUACGGCAUCCAGAGGGUGGAGGCCAUGUUCCACACCUUGGACCGGAUCAACGCGGACCCGAACCUGUUGCCAAACAUCAGCCUGGGUUGUGAAAUCCGGGACUCCUGCUGGCACUCAUCUGUGGCCUUGGAGCAGAGCAUUGAGUUUAUCCGGGACUCCCUCAUCUCCAUCAGGGAUGAUAAGGAUGGAUCCAAAUGGUGCAUCGACGGGACCCCCUCCCACCAGCCUCCACCCUCAAAGAAACCCAUCGCCGGAGUGAUCGGACCCGGCUCCAGCUCUGUGGCCAUCCAGGUGCAGAACCUCCUGCAGCUCUUUAACAUCCCGCAGAUCGCAUACUCUGCCACCAGCAUCGACCUGAGCGACAAGACUCUGUUCAAAUACUUCCUGAGAGUGGUGCCCUCUGACACCCUGCAGGCCCGAGCCAUGCUGGACAUCGUCAAGCUCCACAACUGGACCUAUGUGUCUGCGGUGCACACUGAGGGGAACUACGGUGAGAGUGGCAUGGAGGCUUUCAAAGAGCUGGCCUCUCAGGAAGGCUUAUGCAUCGCCCACUCGGACAAAAUCUACAGCAACGCGGGGGAGAAGCACUUCGAUCGCCUUUUGAGGAAACUCCGGGAACGUCUCCCAAAAGCUCGUGUUGUGGUGUGUUUUUGCGAGGGCAUGACCGUCCGAGGUCUCCUGAUGGCCAUGAGGAGACUGGGGGUGUAUGGAGAGUUCCUACUUGUCGGCAGUGAUGGAUGGGCGGACAGAUACGAGGUCGUGGAGGGUUUUGAGCAGGAAGCAGAGGGAGGAAUCACCAUGAAGCUUCAGUCAGAGGUGGUCAAGACGUUCGAUGACUACUACCUGAAGCUGCGUCUGGACACCAACAACAGGAACCCUUGGUUCGCUGAGUUCUGGCAGUACCGCUUCCAAUGCCGCCUACCAGGCCACCCACAGGAGAACAAGAAUUACAAGAAAGUCUGCACUGGAAAUGAGAGUCUGCAUGAGAACUAUGUUCAGGAUAGUAAAAUGGGCUUUGUCAUCAAUGCCAUCUAUGCCAUGGCUCAUGGCCUCCACGAUAUGCAUAAGGAGUUGUGCCCAAGGCAGACGGGGCUCUGUGAGGCCAUGGACCCCAUCGAUGGCAGCAAGCUGCUGGACUACCUGCUGAAGACCUCCUUCAGAGGCGUCUCAGGGGAAGAGAUUUACUUUGAUGAAAACGGAGACACCCCAGGAAGGUAUGACAUCAUGAAUCUCCAGAGUGUGGGUGAUGGUCGCUAUGACUACAUGAAUGUGGGCUCCUGGCAUGAGGGCAUCCUUAACAUCGAUGACUACAAGCUGUGGAUGAACAGCAGCGACAUGGUCCGCUCAGUCUGCAGUGAGCCCUGCUCUAAAGGACAGAUUAAGGUGAUUAGGAAGGGUGAGGUCAGCUGCUGCUGGAUCUGCACCACGUGCAAAGACAAUGAGUACGUCCAGGAUGAGUUUACCUGCAAGGCAUGUGAGCUGGGAUGGUGGCCUGAUGACGACCUGGCAGUCUGCCAGCCCCUGCCCCUGAAGUAUCUCGACUGGGCUGAUGUGGAAUCCAUAGUCGCAGUGGUUUUCUCCUGUGUGGGCAUCCUGAUCACCUCCUUUGUCACCUUUGUGUUCAUCCAGUACCGUGACACACCUGUGGUUAAGUCGUCCAGCAGAGAACUCUGUUACAUCAUCCUGAUAGGUAUCUUCCUGGGCUACAUCUGUCCGUUUACCUUAAUCGCCCGUCCUACGGUGGCCUCCUGUUACUUACAGCGACUUCUAGUGGGCCUAUCAUCUGCCAUGUGCUACUCUGCUCUGGUCACCAAAACAAACCGCAUCGCCCGCAUCCUGGCAGGCAGCAAGAAGAAGAUCUGCACCAAGAAGCCCCGUUUUAUGAGCGCCUGGGCCCAGGUGGUCCUUGCCUCUAUGCUGAUCAGUGUGCAGCUAACUCUGGAGAUCACACUCAUCAUUCUGGAGCCCCCUGAGCCCAUCAAGUCCUACCCAAGCAUACGUGAGGUCUACCUCAUCUGUAACACAAGCAACGUAGGCAUGGUGGCACCACUGGGCUACAACGGCCUGCUAAUCAUGAGCUGUACCUACUAUGCCUUCAAGACGCGAAACGUCCCAGCCAAUUUUAACGAGGCUAAAUACAUCGCCUUUACAAUGUACACUACUUGCAUCAUCUGGUUGGCCUUCGUGCCCAUCUAUUUUGGCUCAAACUACAAGAUCAUAACCACGUCUUUCUCCGUCAGCCUCAGUGUGACAGUGGCACUGGGCUGCAUGUUCACGCCUAAAAUGUACAUUAUCAUUGCCAAACCAGAGAGAAAUGUCCGAAGCGCCUUCACCACAUCUGAUGUGGUACGAAUGCAUGUGGGAGACGGGAAGUCAGCCCAGUGUGGGAGCAACAACUUCCUGAAUAUAUUCCGUCGGAAGAAGCCUGUUACUGGAAAAGCCAAUUCUAAUGGCAAGUCUGUGUCAUGGUCUGAAUCAGGUGCAAGACACCCUCCGAAGGGGGGGAAUGUGUGGCACAGACUGUCUGUGCAUGUGAGGAAACAGGAAGCCGGCUUGAAUCAGACGGCGGUCAUCAGGCCCCUAACUAACAACCCCGACCCCCACAGUUGUGAGCCCUCGUCCCGCGACCUUGGCACAGACCACCAUCCCUCACAAGAACCGCGCGCCGCUAAGCCUCUGUACAACCUGUCAGAGGAGGAUGACGAGGGCGAUUCCCAGCGCCCCCUCUGGACCCCAACUUCCUCUGGACAAGGGCUGGAAUCUAAUUUGAAUAAGCCGGCUUCUUAUUUGCCCUCUAACUUGAAGGGCUGCGCCACGGAGCGCUUGCAAGGGGCUGUGGUGGACACACACAGCUCCUAUGUCCCUGCACUAAAUGACUACACCACCAGGGAGACCCUCCCUGCCAAUGAGCCUUUGAGCCUGAUAUCCUCUCCGCUUCCUCAAGCCCUUAAAGUUGGGGCAUUUGAGGAAGAGGGACCUGAAGACGAGGAACUAGACCUCUUACACAGCUACAUUUAUGAUGCCAAGGAGGAGGGGGAGGAGGAGGAGGAGGACGGGGACAGCGAGGAUUUGACUCAGAGCAAGCCAACUCUGGAGGAUUCCCUUGCUCUGUCGCCCCCCUCCCCCUUCAGAGACUCUGUGUGCUCGGGAGACUCUCUGAGCGGCUCCCUUGCCAUGGAGUCCAUGCUCGGAAGCCCUUCGAGCUCGAUCUACACCUCAAACAUCCUCCAAGACUUUGCACACAGCUCCUCAACACUGUGAGAGCAACACUGAUAUUCAUUGUCACAUAUACAGAUUACACAUGCGCAAAUACAAAUUCACACAUGUACAGACGCAUACUUUACAACCACAUGAUUUGAUCAUCAUCUAAGGUUUCUAACAUUUAUUUUAUGCUCUCUCAUUAGCUUCCUUGUACUUAGUAUCCUGCUUUUAUCGGUAAGGGGUUUAUCAUAACUAUAAGUAGAAAAACACUAGUAAUCAUCAAUGAGUGCUACCUUUCCUGAAGGGCUGUCUUAUCACAGAGCCUUUCUGUAAAAUGUAAAGCAGGGACCAGUGCCAAAUCUCAUCAGCUGUCGUGCCAAAUUUUGAUGAAUUAAGCAACAUCAAGAAUCACAAUGAAAGGAUGUAGCUGUGGGGAUGCAUUCAGAGAGGUCUAUGAGUAACAAACAGAAAGGGAAACACAAUUCAAUGUGUGUCUACUGUUUGUGAACUGUACGAUACAUCCAGCUCUGGGGAGCGUAAAAGCUCAAGUGCAUUUCAUGCCAUUCUUUUUUUAAUUUGCUCUGUUCUCCUUUGCUACACACGUGCAGGUCUGUUAAUAUGUGCAGCAGGAACAGCUGCAUCCACAAACUAUUUGAUUUUUGCCUUUUGUCAUUUAUAAUCUCACUUUAGCUUUUUGUAAUCGGACCUCAUCACGAUUUAAGUUUUACAAAGAGAUGAACUAUAAGAAAAGUGCAGUAAGUUGGUUGAAUAUUACUUUUUAUGUGUUACAAAGUGUGCUCAUCACAAAAGCAUUAGAACUUAACGAUUCUGCUAAAACUUUGCGCUGUAUGAUAUACGAUGUAAAAAAGUCAUGUGCCAAUCGCAGUUGUAUCGACCUACAUCCCUGCUUUCAAAUUUUGUAGCUGAUACAGGUUAUAGCGUGAUUGUAGGUGAUCGGUUGUGUGUAUUCAGUUUACACUCAUUCAUAACCCUGAGAACAAAUUUUACACACAUUUGGGGGACAUGAUAAAAGACCUACAUUAUGCUUUUUGAUGCCGUGUUGAUAUUUCUCAUGUUUUCUGAGUUUGCUGUGUCAUCGUAAUGAAACACACAGUACUUGUACGAGUUCUUAAAAGUUUGUAAUACUGUUAAGCCAUCUCUUGUUUUUCACACAGGUGGUAUGUUUGUAAUACUGAUAAAUGUUUCUAUAUUUAGAAUGUCAACAGAAAAAAAGAAGUUUAUACAUUUUGAAACUGUCCUCAGAAACUUGUCACGGAGCAUUGUGUUUGGUUUUUUGGGUAACUUUAAAAGCUAACUUGUAUCCUCUUGAAAAUAUUCAGUUGUUAAAGUAACCAAUGAUUAGUUGCUUCUUGUAACGAGAUUAUACAUGUUUCAAUUUUUUGCUUCAAUCUUGCAUUAUAAAUUUAAGUAGAUUACUUGAGGUUAAGUUUCUUAGUUCUUUAUCUAUAAGAAUAAAGAUUAUUUCAAAGUACAAGCCUAUACAGUACAUAGUGCAAUUGUAUUGUAUUUCCAAAUGUUUUUAGUCUCUUAUAGUGUAAGUUGUUCAAUGAUUUUAACCAAUGUAAAAUAUAUGAGGGUGCCACCUGUUUAACACUGUCAAAUCUAGAAUGACAUAGGCCUUUAUGUUUUGGGCAAGCUGAGCAAUGCUGUAAAAUAAAAACUAUUUAUAUUAA